CCUCCACCCUCUGCAUCCGUCCGCUCCUCCCGACCUGACGGCCACAGCGGGAGCAUUCCGUGGGCCGCUCUAUUCCUUGCAGCAGGGUGUUAACGAAAGCCACCACAAAAUCCCCAUGACCACAUCCCCAUUGUUGGAUCCCCUGCCCAGUCUCAAAAUCAAGGUGUAUAAUUCCUCCACGCUAUCGUCGCUGGAGAUCCCCGCUGAUAUGUGCUCAGGAGACGGCGACAUCCUCAGCCUGAAGUCGGUGGGCACCGGCGGGAGGGAGCGACAGUUCCAUAGCCACACGCUGUCCAGGGAGCCCGGGUUGAGUACCAGCGCCACCUUGGGGCACCUGGGGGGGCGCCUCACCAUCCCGAACACAGGUGUGAGUUUGCUGGUCCCGCCUGGCACCAUCCCCCAGGGGAAGUUCUAUGAAAUGUACCUCAUUAUCAGCAAAUGGGACAAAACGACUUUGCCAUCUGAGGGCAGUCAGACUGUGCUGAGCCCCGCAGUGAGCUGCGGUCCGUCUGCUUUGCUGCUCAAUCGCCCUGUUGUCCUCACCUUGCCACACUGUGCCCAGCUUGACACGCCAACACCUGAUUGGACCCUCACACUGAAGACGCAGACACACCAGGGAGCAUGGGAGGAGGUGCUGACGGUGGGAGAGGAAAGUUUGUCUUCUCCGUGCUAUCUACAGUUGGAGGAGGAGUGUUGUCAUGUUCUCAUGGAGCAGCUUGGCACGUACGGCCUGGUGGGUCAGUCGUGCCCCCCGCAACCAGCUUGCAAGCGCCUACAGUUGGCUCUGUUCGCACCCCGAGCGCCCUGCCUCUCUCUGGACUACAGCCUUCGCAUAUACUGCAUCCAUGACACCCCUCAUGCACUCAAGGAAGUGCUGGAUCUGGAGCGGAGUCUCGGUGGGGUCUUACUGGAGGAUCCCAAGCCGUUGCUGUUCAAAGACAGUUACCACAACCUGCGUCUUUCCAUCCACGACAUUCCUCACACUCACUGGAGAAGCAAACUGCUGGCCAAGUACCAGGAGAUCCCAUUCUAUCACAUUUGGAGUGGCAGUCAGAGACCUCUGCAUUGCACCUUCAGCCUGGAGAGAAGCAGCCUAGCCGUGUCACUCCUCUCUUGUAAAAUCUGUGUGCGACAAGUGGAAGGGGAGGGACAAAUCUUUCAGCUGCACACCGACAUCCAGGAGACUCUACCGCCUCACUCGCCGCUCCCCGCAGCAGGCUCCUGUCUGCCCUCUUCUCAAGUAGGACCGUAUGCCUUCCGCCUGCCUUGCUCCAUCCGCCAGAAGAUCUGCGCCAGUUUGGACGCGCCGAGCGCCAGAGGGUGUGACUGGAGACUACUGGCACGCAGUUUAGGCUUUGACAGGUACUUGAACUACUUUGCAACAAAGCCCAGCCCCACAGGAGUUCUCCUGGACUUGUGGGAAGCUUGUCACCAAGGCGACGCAGACCUGGUCUCUCUGGCGACGGCGCUCGAGGAGAUGGGCAAGAGUGAGGUGCUGGUUGUCAUGACGACAGAUGGUGAUUGUUGAUUGGUGAAGGAACAAGAACAUACAGUGCAACUUUCUGGAUUGGAUAAUUGGAUCAAGGUCAUGGACGCUAUUAGUGGCUUUCUUGUUGCAGAGACUGGCUAAUGAAGACCAGUAUUUAUUCUCUCAGAUCUUUUUGGAUUGUUCAAUGUAGCUCUGUUACAUGUUGCUGCAAAUGGACUAAACUCCUCUUUGUUCCUGUUCAAAAGUACGUUCUUUAAAAAAAAAAGAAUGAAUAGAAAGAUUUUUUUACAAAAACAAAUGUUUUAAAAAACUGUAUUUCCGUGACAUUUUAUCUCUGUAAAGUACCAAUUGUAAAUAAACAUCUAGCCUUCUUACCUGUAACUAAAUAUAAUUUUUAUGCAAUAAAUUAUAUUUCUUAGCUUAAAA